GGGCGUGUGACGUCAGGUGGUUUAAUCCGGAAACGGCGGUGACGGCCGAGGCGACAGAACAGAGGGGCUGUCGUUGGUGGGCGCUCCAGGGCUCUGGACGAGACGAGCGUGACCCGGAAACGGAAGCGAGUCCCCAUCCCAACUCCGCCAGGUUUCACGCUAGCCCCAGGCUUACUGGUAGGCUCCUGCUGCCAUGGACCUGUUGUUUGGGAGGCGCAAGACGCCAGAGGAGCUGCUGCGGCAGAACCAGCGCGCCCUGAACCGGGCCAUGCGAGAGCUGGACCGUGAGCGACAGAAGCUCGAGACCCAGGAGAAGAAAAUCAUCGCGGACAUCAAGAAAAUGGCCAAGCAGGGCCAGAUGGACGCGGUUCGGAUCAUGGCGAAAGACCUGGUGCGCACCAGGCGGUACGUCCGAAAGUUUGUAUUGAUGCGGGCCAACAUCCAGGCUGUGUCCCUCAAGAUCCAGACACUCAAGUCUAACAACUCAAUGGCACAAGCCAUGAAGGGUGUCACUAAAGCCAUGGGCACCAUGAACAGACAGCUGAAGUUACCCCAGAUCCAGAAAAUCAUGAUGGAGUUUGAGCGGCAGGCAGAGAUCAUGGACAUGAAGGAGGAGAUGAUGAACGACGCCAUCGAUGACGCCAUGGGGGACGAGGACGACGAAGAGGAGAGUGAUGCUGUUGUAGCCCAGGUCCUGGACGAACUGGGGUUGAGCCUGACAGAUGAGCUGUCAAACCUCCCUUCCACUGGAGGCUCCCUCAGUGUGGCUGCCAGUGGAAAGAAAGCAGAGGCUGCAGCCUCUGCCCUGGUGGACGCAGAUGCAGACCUGGAGGAGAGGCUCAAGAACCUUCGAAGGGACUGACUGCCUGUGCUUCCCCAGGGAGCCAGUGGAUGGCAUGGCAUUUUCAUUGUACCUUCUGUAAUAAAAGAAGUUGGACACUA